UGCAUCUCAGCCCAUUAUUUUUUUGAGGACGCGCCUCGUCAGGCCCAAUUCUCCAUUCCACCUUUCUAUGGAGUCGAGCUUAAUUGUCUUUCUAUCCUAUAAUUAUGUCCACUUGCUAUGUAUAAUUUGCACCGACCUAUCGAUCGCACUGCCCACCUAGAAUGGUCAAGAACAAGAAAUCCCGACGCGGGAAGGAUGACCCGGGAGACGGCCUUGGCGGGUACCCGUUGGGCUGGCCAAGCUCGCAGCGGUGGAACCCACAGUACAGCGUCCCGCGCAACUCGGUCGACUGCGAAUACCCCUCGAGCGCGUCUCCUUCCCGACUUGAGGGCGGCCCUGACUCUCCCGACCAUGCCAAACACUUCAACCAACCACGGUCAAUGUCAUAUGGGCGGAACACGCGAGAUUUGGAUACCCACGCUGCGGCCCAGGCGGGGCUCCGGGCAGACGACACGGAGGAGCUAUCGGACCUUACCCACUGGCUCGACACGCUGGCGGAGCUAUACAUGAACAACCUCGACAACCGCGCACGGUGGGAUCCGCGAUGGCUCAACAUCACGCGCCGCGAGCGUUUCGAGGGGCUCGCGUCCGCCUCCGUCACCGUCGUCGACUAUCUAACGAGCGACCCGGAGCCGCGGAGGGAGGCCAUCACGAGCAAAAAGCAGCUGGCCGCCACACUAGAGUCCCGCCCGGAGAACUCGGACGUGAGGGUGGUGAUGGUGAGCGACCUGAGCCGGUUCGUCAUGGGCGCGCUGGGCCAGCUGUAUUCCAUCGACCCCGAGUUCUGGUACGAGCACCUGGUCAACUCCGGGUACGGCGCGAGCGACAGCGGACUGAAGCUGAAGAACGCCGUGUGGAUGAACUGGGCCGAGCGCGAGACGCGGUUCCGGCACCGCGCCCUGCCCGGCGUGGGCCAGCGGACCGAGUGGAACCUGCCGCGUCGCACGAACAAAAGGUGCUGGGCGCAUCUCCGCUGGGGCCGGUUGGGCCUGCUCAACUACUUUGGCCGCAAGGGGUUCCACGAGGACGAGAUGGAGACCCGGGUCGGAGACGGGCGGUGGGUCAUGGAGCGGGAUGUGGUGCUGGACAAGCACGGGUUGCUCAUGACGGCCAAGAGGAAGGCCGAGGCGGAUAGGAAGGCGAAGAAGGAGGCGGAGAAGCGGAGCAAGAAAGAGCAGCAGGUGCCGUUGCCACCGUCACUGUCACCGUCACCAGCAGGAGCCGACACCACUUCGGUAAGGGGCAAGACGACGAACGUGUAUCGCGCGUACAGCACGUUUGAAAGUCUGCCGAAUAAUCCGACGUUUUGGACAAAUAGGGAUCUGAGGGUCAUGGCACCGGAAGGAGCGAGCUACUGGCGGGGGCUGGAUCAUGGGGGGAAGACAACUAUCAUCCUAUUGUUUGAUCCGAUGCGGAGCAUGAUGCAUUACAAGACGAAAGAGACGACACCUUCUCUGACAUUCAUGCCCCGAGCAAUGGAAAUAGAAGUGUACACCGAGAAACGAUUGUGGCAAACUCCAGAUCCAGGUGAAACCUACCUGGAUCCACCUCCGCCUCCUUUCUCGAAGCAGGAGCUGAAGAAGCAGAAGAAAGAAGCCAGAAAACUGCAACAUAAGGGCAAAAAGAGUUGGCUGGGAAAAAAGCUAAAGAGGGGCGCAGACGACGAGGAGGAAACCUAUGUGCCGAGCCUGGACUACGAUUCCACGUCCUCGUAUACAAGCGAUUCCGAAUACGACGAAGAGUACCAGAACGCGAUGCGUGCCCAGUACAGCAACCCUCCACCACACAGACGCGAACGCGACUACGCGCGGAAAUAUGCCCUGUCCACGCAUGAUCUCGUCUUCCGCCAUAUGAAGACCCUUACCGCCGCCCAAAUCCUCCAGGACGCCUCGCUCCUCCCCUCCAUUCUCACUCGUCUAUCUCUUGACGACCUAUGGCAGCUCCUGGCUGAAAUACGCCUAAACCUCGACCAUCUAGAUGCCGACCUGGCCGCCGACCUCCACCUUCAUCUUCUCGAGUCCAUCGGCAUUACAACUCGCCUAAACAUCAACUGGAUGCGCUCCACGCUGCAGGAUCUCCAAGACUGCGCUGCCCAUCUGGCCGCGCUAUCCACGCUACUAUCCCACCCCGCCGACCUAGCCGUAGAGCUCGCCGAUCUCACCACCCACCUACAAACCCUCCAAACCCGCACCGAGCAAACCGCCUCCCUCCUAGUCUCCUCCACGGGCCUCGCCCAAUCCACCCUCGUCAUCGACCAAACCUCGGGCAUCGACAAGCUAACCGAGCUCGCCUUCUUCUUCGUCCCCCUCUCCUUCAUCACCUCCGUCUUCUCCAUGCAAGUCUCCGAACUAACCACCUCCCCACCCCCGCUCUGGGCCUGGGGCGUAGCCAUAACCUCCGUCUUCCUCACAACCUACCUAGUCCGCUGCACCCUACGGUCGCCCUCCCUCCGCGUCUUCGCCAUGCACUGCCGCGCCACCAUGCUCAACCGCUUCACGUCCUCCAAGCGCGGGUCCGCGUCGCGGCGCCUCAACACGGUCGGCAACCGUGCGAUCGGCAAGUUCGCCUUCUUCUUCGCGGCGGUGCUGUCGCUGUGCAUGUGCGCGGUCCUGCUCUUCCUCGCCUUCAUCUUCCUCGUCUUCGGGGGGCUCUGGCUGGGGGCCGCGGCCGCCGCGCUGUACUUUAUUAUCACGCGGUGGCCCGAUCCCGCGGUGCUGGGGCCCGGGUUCGCGGCGCUGGUGGUGGCGGCGGCGGGGAUGGGCGUCAGCUGGUAUUGGUCCGAUGAGAUCCAGGACUGGGCCGAGGUUGCGCUCGAGCGGGGCGCUGGGUGGAUGUUGCGGGUGUUUCCGGCGCGCUGGACGCUGGAUCGCGUGGAUGACGAUGAUUUGGCUCAGGAGGGGGUGAAUACUUAUGCACGGCAGGCGAUGAUUCUGGCGUCUACUUAAGAAAGAUGGUAUUCUUGACCUGUGAGCGUUGCUGUUUCGGGA